AUGGAUCCCAUCCCUGCGCAAGACGACCUCCCAAGCCCAGUCACAAUUAUCAGCAAAGCUCUAUUGACGGCCAACCAAGGAGCAUCAAGCUCCAAAGAUAUCUCAAGCCCCAUCACAGUAGUCCAUAGGGCUCUGUCGCCGGACGAUGAAGGAUUCCCAAGCUACAAAGGCACCGGUAUCUCGAACCGCCUCAUCCGACUUGCGCGCCUUCCAACACUCCAUGGAAACUCCACAGAACCGUUCUCCCUCGAUGCGAAGAGGGUAGAGCAGUGCCUAAACAAGCUAGAAUCCCUGCUUGACCCACAGUUCAGCCUCUCGCAGUCAGAACUCGCAGAGCCAGACCUCACGCCGACAGACACCCUACCUCAUCGGUCACAAAAUCGACCUAGCCAAGGUCCGGAGUCUGAUCCUGGCGCUGACACCAGUCCGGGACAUAUUCCUAUCGCGCCGAAGAAGUCUGAAUCUUUGAGGAGCGCAGCACCAGCUUCAAGCUCCAAGGCUCAUCACCAAUCGCGUUCUUUAGAAGAGCUUUCGACACCGCUGGCCCGGACGCUGUUCGAGAUACCAAAAGUCUACAAGCAGGUGAACAUGUUUGGCAACGAGGUGAGGAAGUUGGGCGAUGCAUUCUUGAAGCGCCGCGAGGAGACGCUCUAUAUCUAUUCGCUGCAUGACAGAGAACGCAAACGAAUGCGAGGAAGAAUUGCCGAACUAGAGGCCGAGAUUGAAAAACUCCAAGCGGAUAUGCAGCAGGAUAUGGCCGCGCGGGAGGCGCUUCAAGGAACCGUUCAUGGAUUUGAAAUUUGGAUCGACGGGUGUCGAGAUGAGUAUCGGUUGACACACAAGAAACCAAAAGAGAACCUCCGGCAAGGCGGAGGAGGAUGGUGGUCUAAAAAGAAAGUUGACAAGCCGGAUGGUUUCGACGCCGAUGCGCUAUUCGACGGUAUCACGGCGUGGUUGCGAGGCUGGGCCGAUGUCGAAGAAGAAUUCCGCGAUCAAGAUAGAGCUCGCAGGCUUAGAAGGAAUGGGAAAAACAGGCAGGAAGAUGAAACUAUAGAUAGAGGGUCUUCGGCUAUCGACUAA